UGUGGUGGUCACAACACGUUAUUGGUGCAUGGGCUUGCCCAAUAGUGGGGACGGCUGGGCCAGGUGCGCAGCCCUCACAGUCACUUAUAAGUCCGGAUGUGUAGGGGCAGGCGGAAUCCUUCUUCUUCUUCAUUCACUGUUCAUGCUGCCAUAGUGAGAACUGCCUUGCGAACUAUCAUAGCUACUGAACGCCUUCACCAACCACACACGUCACUAAGCAAACAUGUCUUCAAUCGUGCAUCCAUUGUCCGCCGCGGCCCUGUUCAACCUCUCUGGUUGGGUUGCUGUCAUCACCGGAGGCGGCACCGGCGUCGGCCUAAUGAUGGCCAAGACCCUCGCGGCCAACGGGGCAAAGGUGUACAUCACCGGCCGGCGCGAGGACGUGCUCAAGACCAGCGCCGACGCGCACGGCAGCCGAGAAGCUCUGGGUCCUCAGGGUGGCAGCAUCGUCCCGCUCGUCAUGGACGUCACGUCCAAGGACAGCAUCAAGGCGGCCGUGCAACAGGUUGGGGACCAAGAGGGUCAUGUCGACGUACUGAUCAACAAUGCGGGUGUCUGGUCUGGUCGCGCGAGCGCACGACCCGAUGCCGGCGUCGAGGCUUACGCAAAGUCCCUCUUUGACGAUUUGACCGAGGAGAACUUCCACAAGGCUUUCGAGACAAACUGCGCCGCCAUGUACUUUGUCACUGCGGCCUUCCUGCCUCUACUUGUCAAAGCCGCCGAGGGCCCGAACAAGAAGCCCGGCAACGUGAUCAACAACACGUCCGUGAGCGGUUCGCUGAGGAUCACGCAGAACGGGCAGUUCCCGUACAACGCUAGCAAAGCGGCGGCGAACCACCUGACGAGACAGCUCGCCAACGACUUCCAUCACGACAACAUCCGCGUCCGCGUCAACGGCUUUGCACUGGGCAUGUUCCCCUCCGAGAUGACGCUGGGAACCUCCAACGAGCAGAACGAGAGCACGUACGACGUCGAGCAGUUCCGGACCGGCAUGAAGGCCUAUGGUGUCAACCUAGAGAGGAUGGGCACCGCACAAGAGCUCGGUAGCACCAUUCUCAAUAUUGCUACCAACGACUACAUAUGGGGGAACAUCAUCACCGUCGAUGGCGGCUGGGUUUUGUCGGCGCCAGGAAACUUCUAGAGUGCCGUCCAGUGUCAUGUACGCUCGAGAGCUCAUGUAGGGAGAGAGGGAAAGAAAUAAGGAGACAAAGUAGAGUUACUGCGCUAGUAUGAGCAAGGCCACCUUGAAGCCCAGCAGAUUCGCAAAAAAAA